GUCUGUUAGGACCGCAGAACUCUGUGGUUAAUCUGGAUUACCAUGCCGCGCGGCCACGCUUUUCAUAAUCAGGCUGUUGAGCUGUGAUUCUCAGCAGCGCGUGACACAUCUGGAAACGGGCGGAGGGAAGGUGUGCGCGCGUGCGAAGACGGGAGAAAGAGAAUUGGGAGGGCAGGCAGACGAACAGAAGAGCGACACUUUCGCAUUUCGCAGUCCUCUCGCGCACAAAUGGAGAGGAACCCGGAGGAAGACAAAACUAACGAACCGGUUUAACUAUUUUCCGCACAUAUACAAUUUCCCGGGUGACACAUAAGUGCCUCGGCCUGGAAAUGUAAAGUCAAGAAAUGGCAGAAGGUGGUAAAAAUGGAGAGAGAGGAAGCGAGGACAAAGGUGGAGCAGGUGGCAGAUCUCCCGAGGAACCCCACGGUCUCUCCUCAGUGGGUGCCACCUCCCUCGGGACAAAGAGGCAUCUCCCCCGAGGGAUUGUGAUCCAGCUAACAGGAACUGAAGGAGAGUGGGACAGCCUGGAUGAGAGUGAGUUCAUCUUCUCCCUUGAGCAUGAUGAGGACUACCCUGCUAUAUCGCUAUCAAAGGAGAAACAUUUUUCUGUCGCGGAUGACAGAGGGGUGAAGUCCGAAGAGUUCCAUGUCCCUCUGUCUCCCUCAACGCCAGGUUCCCUGGGGAACUGCUCUGGUUCUCUGGGCCCAAGCUUCCUCUUGCCUGGCUCGCCCUCACCCACCCACCGACCCUUAGCGAGCCUGGUCAAGUCUCUGUCCACAGAGCUGGAUCUGAAAGAGAGCUCCACCCUCAAACCCAGACCUUUUCUCAGCCUCGUCAAGUCAAUCUCCACAGAGCUUUCCCGCUCGGAACCCGAGGUGUCGCAGUCCAAAUCAGACUCCCGACUUAACCUCCACCUGUGGAAGCAGCUGACACAACCGAAAACCCGCAGCAAUGGGGACUCUCGGACUGCUCCCCCAUCUCCUAGUUCGCUUUCCCCAAGCGGAGACAGCCUGAAAGGUGGUUUCUUCAAAAUGGAACUGGAGGACACCAAGAGGAAGCUCACUGAGGUUGUGCACGAACCUUUGAGCAGCAUGUUCAGUAAGAUCAGGAGGGAAGAAAGCUCAGGCAGCCCCAAACACCAGUGUAAGAACCAGGGAACUCACCAGAUCAGCUCCAGAGGUUUGGGGCGGGAAAGUAGCACAGACACUGUUCUGUCCGAGUCUCCUGUGAGAAGCGCCAGGAAAACAGAUGCUGAUGUUUUUUCUGUCUUUGAGUGGCCUUCUGUAAGACAUCUCGGGAGAACUCAGCACUGCCCCUGCCCGGUGCAUCACCACGUGCAGCAACACAGGGAUGAGGAGCUGGAAAUAUGUACAGAUGGUGAUAUGAUGCAAGUGUUUGCCAUCGAAACUCAUAAGCAGGCGAGGAGGUUGCCUGGUUCUCAGGCUCUAACAGCACCCACGACCUCUCCCGUUCCACAGCCCCCUCACCCUCUGCCACGAAUGAGUUUAUUUUGUGUGGCAGUGCUUUCAUACGGCUACUUUAUCCUACCUCUCAGUCCAUACUUCUCUGGCCUGGCUCUGGGAUUAGCACUGGGCUUCUUGCUAGGGCUUUGGCUCAUUCGGAUGGGUUCCUCCAGGUCUAGCAACUCAGUCCAUACCUAUAGACCGCCACAGACGCUGUUGGGAGAAGGGAUUCUGACAGGUGGCAUUGUAAGCACUGAGCCUGACACACUCAAGGGCUGGAUGAAUGAGAUAUUUGAUUACGACCCAGAAACCAGCCAUCUAGGUCUGACUCACUCUGUGUUUGCCACCCUGGAGGGAUCGUGUCUCCGUCUGGAAACGCCACGAUCGAACAUCAGCCGCAGGGCCACGUAUGACGAGAGAUUCCACGAGCCCACCUUUGUCAAGUCACGCUGCUAUCAGCUGGCAAAUAGCAAAGUAUUCCUGCUGCCAUCUGUGUUGGCGCAGAAGAGGAUGUGGAACCCAAAGUAUCCCAUCUGCAUCCAGCUAACCAGGGGGGCAAAAUCUCAGGAGGAUGAGGGGGGAAGGCGAGAGGAGAGGCGAGGAUCGGAGUCCGGAGCCGAAUCAGCCAGUCCAAAACCAAGAUCCUCCAAAUAUGACCAUGAGCUUCCCACCGUUCUUUACCUCUUCGGCCGUACGGGAAGAGAGAAAGAAGAGUGGUUCCAUCAUUUCCUGUUUGCAUCCAUGGACACAGAAAGGGAAAAGGAGAGAAACAGACAGAGCAAAUAUGUCUCCUGCACAAAGGGUGACCAAACACAGCGCACCAGUGUACAGGUUAAUGUCCCGAGCAGCAGAGGCUCCAGCAGAGUGGGCAGCAGUGAUGAGGACGCCCCAUCCACACCCCCAUUCCCCAUUAUCUCCGGAGCGCCCUCCAGUAGCACCAGGGGCCUUUCUGUGCUCGACUACCCCAGUUAUAUGGCCCGUCUCCUGGUUACAGAGGAGCUGACCCCACUCUGUAGUCCUGGAGCCAGCAGCACAGAUGUAAGCUUUACCAUUACAAACUAUACACUACAGCUGCCUUACUUUAUGAAUGAACUGACUCUGACUGAGCUGGAUAUGGGCAGCUCAAUGCCGCAAAUCACCGCUACCUCCAGACCAGAGGUUAACCCCAGAGGCCUGUGGGUGGAGCUUCAGCUGGUUUACACCGGUAACCUGCAGAUGACCCUGCAGACCAAGUUCAACCUGUCCAAGCUGGGUAAAGAUGGCGGUCAGGAGACAGUGCACUGUAUGACGGAAACCGGUAGCCCACGGUCAGUGCUGCCGAUCCUCAGUGUGUUGGCCGACAGUGAUGAGGAGUCCUCCAGCGCUGGUUCAUCUGACGAGGAGGAGCCGCUUCUCUCUGAGCCUCAGGGUCCGGUGGGGGAGAAGGGAUGCCCACAAGCUACAGAAGGGACAGGGGGUGGCAAGACUGGAAGGAAGAUUUUGAGAUUUGUGGACAAAAUCGCCAAAUCCAAGUACUUCCAGAAGGCGACAGAGAACGAGUUCAUUAAGAAGAAGUUCGAGGAGAUGUCCAACACGCCCCUGCUGCUCACUGUCGAGGUUCAAGAAUUGUCAGGGACUCUGGUUGUCAACAUCCCGCCGCCCCCUACAGACAGGAUAUGGUACAGUUUCUGUGUACCACCAAAGCUGGAUCUGCAUGUCCGUCCUAAACUGGGGGAAAGGGAGGUGACUUUCUGCCAUGUGACUGAGUGGAUUGAAAGGAAACUGCAGGACGAGUUCCAGAAAGUUUUAGUACUGCCAAACAUGGAUGACAUCUACUUACCGCUGAUGCAGUCCGGCGUGGACAGCACUCAAGCCUCAGAGUCCCAACAAUCCCAAAGCUCCUCCACAGAAUCCAUAGAAAGGAUCCCACCUGAGAUCGCCGGGGCAGAAUCAGACUAGUGCCACAGUGAUAAUAAAAUAAUGGAAAGCCGACCCUGUGAAGUGGAUACAUAACAUGAAGCUAGUAGCUCUUAGGCAGACUCACUAACCUUAGUGUUUAUGUCUGAACCAGGAGUUUCUAUAAAUUGCGUUUCACACUGUACGUGUUAAGAUAACCGACCAUGACUUAGAGAUCUGCUUGUAUCAUCUAAAGGAGAAUAACUGUCACAAUGAAUGCUAUGGAGCA